AUGCAACUGGGUUACUUAACUCUAUUCCACGUACUAUUUUCAGUUGAAAAUGGGCAUAAUCUUUUGGGUGGAUCUUUUGGUUUCGCACAAAGAGCUCUUCUAAUUAAACUAUCUGAGACAUUGUCAGUAACAAUCUUAUGGUCACCUAAUAAUUUUUUGUUGAACACGAGAACAGAAAAAUAUUUAUUGAAAUAUAGUCGAUACAAGUAUCUAUCAAUAGUUACUUCAAUUAAUGCAUAG